CAGUCCACUCACUGAACUGCUGCUGCUGCUGCUGGAGGAAACGGGAGCUGCAAUCCGCACCAGUUGCCUGCACCCAGAAACUUUAUUUAAACUUUUUAUUUUAUUUUGGAGGGGGAGGUUGUGCGGAGGGUUUUAUGCGCGGAGGAGAGCGAGGGACUGGAAGGUGAAAACUGUGACUGUCCCACGCUGCGAGCGAAUGGAGAAGCACAAAGUGCUGGACCAGCUCCUCAUGGAGCUCCACCGCUUCCUGCACAUCCUGGACAAGGAGACGCUGAGCGGGAACGCCACCGUCCAGAAGGGCCUGCUCUCCGACAUCCUGCACUCCUACAGGGCCUCCAACGGUGCUGAUGAAGAGUACAUCUACAUGAACAAAGUGACGGUCGGUGGCAAAGACAAAGACGACAAAGAUAACAGACCAGAUAUCCUGCUCAAUGGAAAAGCAGCAAAAUGUGUUCCCGUCCCACAGAAGAGCCUCCCUGACCUUCCACCCCCCCGAUCAUGUGUGGUGGGUCGGGAGCCGUUCCCCUUGCCUGCAGUUCCCUCUCCGGCCACUAUAGACACUUCAGAGAGUUACUAUGAGGAGGCGCAGCCCUACGAGGAAACUGUAAAUGAUGACGAGGAGGUCAUCAGCAGCUCGUACGAGUCCUACGAUGAGGACGAAGGGAACAGAGGAAAGUCACCGUCGGCGCAGCACCAGUGGCCGUCGACAGAGGCGUCCAUCGAGCUGAUGAAGGACGCUCGGAUCUGCGCCUUCCUGUGGAGGAAGAAGUGGCUCGGCCAGUGGGCCAAACAGCUGUGUGUCAUCAAAGACCACCGUCUACAGUGCUACAAGAGCUCCAAGGAGCAGACGCCCCUGCUGGAUGUGAGUCUUCUGGGCUGCAGUGUCGUCUACAAAGAGAAGCAGAUGAAGAGGAAAGAGCACAAGCUGAAGAUCACGCCUGUGGGAGGGGAGGCCAUCGUGCUGGGCCUGCAGAGCAAGGAGCAGACGGUGCAGUGGCUGAAGGUGAUUCAGGAUAUCAGCCCCAAGCCGUUAGAGAGCUGUGAACCCCAGCACUCGGUGACCGACUCCCCGAGGCUCAUCUGCACUAAAGGAGAGCUGGGUGAGAGACACUCGGUGGCUUCAGAGAGCGGCAGCAGCACAGACAGCCACGCCGAGACACCGGAAAACAAAGAUGUGAAGAAAAAAUUAGAUGCAGGUUGGAAGUUCAGUAACCUCAUGAACAUCGGCAAGAAAAAACCUUCCUCAUUGGAGAGUCCGGAGAAAUGUGUGGACACGUCAGGCUACCUCAACGUGCUGGUGAACAGCCAAUGGCGGACCUGCUGGUGCCUCAUCAAGAACGGUCAGCUGUGGUUUUACCAGGACAAGGGCAAACACAAGGUGAGCCAGCCGGCCGUGACCCUGGAGGGCUGCUGCGUGCUGCCGGACCCCAGCCCCGAGCACCUGUACUCCUUCAGGAUCAACGCAGACGGCGCACAGCUGGCGACUCUGGAGGCAAAGACGUCAGCCAACAUGGGUCACUGGCUCGGCCUCCUGCUGUCGCAAACCGGCAGCAAGACCGACCCGGAGGACCUGACGUACGACUACGUCAACUCGGAGAGGAUCACCAGCAUCGUCAAUGCUGCCAAGACUUCCUUAUACUUGAUGCAGAGGAGGUAUUCAGAGCUGAACACCUACAUAGACACGCCGCCCGCCGUCCCUCUGGACUCAGAGGAACUGUACGACGAUGUGGCGUCUUUAGCAGACCCAGAGGAAUCGCUUCAUGUGACCACUUCUCAUCUCCUAACCUCCUGCUCUCGUGACCCGCAGGACGCCGAGGAGAGCAUCCUGCCAGACAGCGAGGACAACCCUCCUCAGCAACGUGAUGAAGCACAAGCAGCACACAAGGAACCGGAGGGAACAGACCAGGUUUACCUGGACCUGAUUCCGGUGCGCUCCUUCCUCCAUACAUCCUGUGGGGGUAAAAACCCGGGCACCAAAGAAACUUGUACACACGGUGACGACUCACCGUGUGCAGGUUACGAGGUCACUCCGACAGAACCCUCUGAGCCGGAGCCGACACCCGUCUUAUAUGAAACAAGUUUGCCCGCCGCUGCCAGCAAACCAGAGCCAACGCGCCCGUCAACUCCCACGCCGCAGCACGCCCAGCUUCAGCCGCUCAAAACCACGCCCCAAAGCCAGGAGACGUCAAAGAGGAUGAGCCUGGGGAUCCCGACGGUCUUCAGCUCCCCCGGGGGACACAAGGGUCCGACGGGUCACACCGCGGCUGGGUUCCCCCACAGUCCUCAACCGCAGCGGCCCAAAGCUCACACCAUGGGGGGUCCCGGUGCAGUUGAAGUGAAACUGGGCAAAAACCGCACGGAGGCCGACAUGCGGCGCUACAUCGACGAGCGCGACCGCCUGGAGAGAGAGAGGGAGGAGGUGAGGAGCAUUCUGGGAAACCUGAAGAAGGAGCGGAGGGAGGCCAAAGAGGAGCUCAGCGCCUGCCAAGAUCCCAAACAGCAGGCCUCCCUAGAAGCCCGUCUGAAGCAGAGGGAGGAGGCGUGUCGGGAGGCGGAGCAACGCAGGGUGGAGGUGGAGCUGCGGCUGAUGGAGGUGAAGGAAAGUCUGAGGAAGGUGGAGUCAGGGCACUUCACACUGGGAACCACACUGGACAGCAGCCUCCAGGACACGCCCACGGUUAAAUCGUUAACCCUGCCUGCUACCCAGACAUCAUCUUCAUCAACGUCUUCAUUAUCAACAUCUUCAUCAACAUCAUCGUCGUCCCAAAACUCAAACAACCUCAGUGCCGACUCGGCCUCACCGGUCAACUCCGCCUCUGCACUAAAGAACAGGCCGGCCUCCAUCAUGGCCACGAAAGGCAAAGUUCUGCAGAAAGCUAAGGAGUGGGAGAAGAAAUCCACCACCUAGGAGGAAAACAUUCUUUGGUCUCCUCUGACCUGAUCAAAUCCACAACUCGUCCUACGUUAAGCAUUAGAAGUCCAGACAAAUAAAUCAACAACCUCCCGUCUCUGGAUUCUUCAUCCUCAUCCCCUCCCUGCCAAGACUAAAACGAGCCAAUCAGAGAGAGGCACCAGCUGUUUCUUCAAAUACCACUGGAUAACUUCACAAGUGUUUUUUUUUUUAUCUCUCUCUGUUUGCAAGGAGGAGGAAUUGGAUGCAGGAGCGUUUUGGCCAGUCUAACAAUCGUUCUUGAUAACAAUGAAAUGAUUUAUUUCAAUACUGCAAACACGCAAAGAUUUGAAACCACUGAAGCUCGACUAAAAUGCCCAUUUUGUACACACCCUUUUGUAGCUUGGUUCAUGUAUGCUGAUAGCCAAGAUGUAAAUAUAUUUACACCAUUAUCCGGCCUCUUGGCUUGUAUUGCUAGCUAGAAAUGCACUUUUUAUUCAAAUAAAAAUGUACUGAUGAC